GAGCAAAAGGGCAGGCGAAUGCGGCGAACUGAGCAAAAUCAAUGUGACAGGAUAAAUGGUGGACGAAUAGUCUGUCAGGUGUUGUGGUUUUUCAAUAAUUCGAUUUUUUCCACCAAAGCCGGUGAGACACACCUUCGAGUGUCCCAAAAUGUAUCGUCUUGCACUUAGGAGAACCUCCCUGCUCACCAAGAUCCAAACAAACGACACAAGAAUCCUCCACUCGAAGCGACUCUUGAGCAGCAGUUCCGGUGCUCCCCGGGAAGCCGGAUUUGGCAAGUUCAUUGUCAUUUUGUCCCCAUUUGCUGUAUCUGGAGGUGUACUGGCUUAUGCCAAGUACGAUGAGAGCUUCAGGAAAACCCUUGUGUCCACCUUCCCUGCGCUCGAAUCCACAAUAAAUUCCCUCCUGGACGAUGACAAGGGGAUCACUGGAAGGUUUGAGGACACAAAGUCUGCGAUUUUUGGGCUUUUUGGUGGAAAAGAGGAGGAGCACAAGAAGGAGAAUAUUGUGCCGCCUCCUCUGAUCAGGCAGAAACCCAAAAGUGACACUUCAGCACCCACCAGUACUUCGAUUCCAGUACCUGAUCCAACACCCCCGCCCAAGACCUCAUCCCCAUCCCGCCCAAGUUCCCCGACUCGAGCUGCAGCUCCGAAGGCUGAGCCUUUUGAGGUGCCAAAAACAGUUUCUGAGCUGGAGAAGGCUGUGGAGACAGUCGCAGAGGCGGCUGCUGGAGAGUACCGCAAGGCCGCAGAGACCUUCCGGAGGUACAAUGAGGAGGUGCGGAGGGUCGUUGACAGUAUUGUGGAUCACACGGACACGACUUCUUGGAGUACUCUGAAGAACAGGACGAGCCAGAGGAACUUUGCCGUGCGUCAGGCUGAAGAAGCGGCUCAAGAGGCAACUGCAAAGCUUGAAAAAUUGGAAAAGGCAUUGAAGGAUAAUGUGUCUCAGGCUUCGACGGAAGUUUAUGCUAAAGUUCGAGAGACUCAAGAUCGUGCCAGGAAUAAGUUGAAUGCAGCCAAAACGGAAUUAUUCAAGGCGCGGGAGUUAUCGAAUAUGAGUGAGAAAUAUUGGAAGAAGGUUGAAGAUGCUCGGAAUCAUUUUGUCAGUGAAAUGGAAAGUCUCUUCCCGGGCGUCAAUAUAACGGAGAAGCAAUUGGAUCUGCCGAAAGAUCAACUGGAUCUAUUUCUUCUCUAUGCCUAUUCGCAUGUCCUGGCGUACCAGAAGGAGCUGCAGAAGCUUCAUGUGGAGGGCGAGGAGCGUCUCAAGAGAGUCCUCAAUAGUCUGCAGUCGCAUGACAGGGAAGAGAUUCUCGCAGCUGAACUGGAUUAUCGUCUGGGCAAGGAACGCCAGGAGAUGGCGAUGGCAAAGCAGAAGGAGCUCUUUGAGAUUCGUGCUGCUGGCGAAAGGAAGAUCCGGGAGGCACUGAAGCAGCAGGCUCAAGCUCAUGUGGAUAGCCUGAAUGAGACGCUGAAGCUGAAGGAGCAGGAAAUCCGACGGGUACUGUCGCGAGAGAGCGAUGAGAAAUUGCUGAAGGAGAAGACAUCGUAUGCAACGCAAUUGGCUGAAAUGGUGGGAAAAGUGAAAGGAAUGGAUGCCGCCCUCAAAGCAAGGGCUGAAGCUGAGGAAAAGUCCCAGAAGGCACGGGGACUGUGGAGUGCAUGUCAGGCUCUGUGGUUGUGUGUGAGGCAGGGAGAAAGUAAUUCGUCGUGGCGUGAGGGAUUGGUGCCACUGGAGAAUGCUGUGAAAGCGGUGGAAAAGGCAGCCGCUGAGAAUGAUAAAGUGGUUAAGACGAUAUUGGGCUCCAUGUCCACUGAGGCACUGUCAAGGGGUGUUUAUCCUGAAGAGGCUCUCAGGGAGCGAUUCCUGAAGGUUGAUCGUCUGGCCAGACGUCUUGCACUUGUGCCAGAAGGUGGUGCCCGACUUCCAAUGUACAUCUUGUCAUAUUUGCAAUCUAUUUUCAUACUGACGCCCGACAAUCCCAUUUCCAAAGAGGAAUUGAAAGAUGAGAUUGUUGAUUUUAGCAAAUUGGAUACUUAUGACAUACUAAAUAGAGCUCGCUACUGGAUGGACCGUGGAAAUCUAACGCAAACCCUGAGAUACAUGAACCUCCUCCAGGGAGCCCCCAGAAAAGUGGCCAGUGAUUGGCUGAAGGAGUGUCGUCUGUAUCUGGAGACUCAGCAAGCGAUAAAUACGUUAAUGUCACACGCUGCCACCACUGGUCUCAUGUACUUGUAGUGAAAUUAUAUAUCAGCUUCUAAACUCCAUUAGACAUUUAAUUUCUCCACCAUUCGUCAGAUUUAAUUAUUGUAAUUUAAAGUCACGUUGAAAUUAAAUUGGACGUCGAAGUGCAUGAACGUUUGCAGAAGGUGGUGUGUUCUUCAUGGUCGUGCUGAGAGCGGUAGAAAUGCGAGAAAUACACAUGAAAGUUAAAUUCCAAA